CACCGACCUCACUUCCCAACUACUCCAAACACCGACAUCCAGUCCAAAAGAUUACGGUCAGCUGUGAGCCGGAUCUUCCAGUCUGACAACCGCGAAACUGCACGCAUCAGCAAAGCAUCUCAAGAUGUUUGCGCAAGACUAUGUCCCUUUCGCGCCAGACACAGCACCAUCUACGGACGAGCGCAGUAUCCCACAACCCGCCCAUCUCGCGCGCAAGGCAUCAUCCGCCAGCAGUGCGUUCUUGCGAGAGCUUCUUGGGCCGGACAUAGCUCUCUCGAUCAUGCCUCCCGGCUGCCGCACUAUCGCUUUCUCGCAGUGGGGUGGCUUCACGGCAGCGCCCGAGCAGGUCACACCGACCGGAGAGCUGAAGGCCUCAGACCUGUACAUGGAUCGCGGGAUGACAUCCACCUUCAAUCCUCCGACGUCCGAAUUGUGUUUUCUGGGUGUGAAUCAGCCAAAGCCGGAUCCCAGAUACAAUGCGCAGCCCAUUCCAGACCUUCGCAAGCGCAAGCGGAGCUUAUCGACAAGCCUGGCGACUGUGAGUGAGCAAGUCGACCAGGGUGCCAGACCCAAGCCAACAACUUCGCCUGUCCGCUUCACCAGACAGACACUGAAGCGAGUAAACACGAGCUCCGAGCUUACGAGGUCGUUCGAGAUGGUGUCCAUCAAGGAAGAGAAUAAACAGACGUUGGCCGAAAAGUUCGCGUUCGAGGGACUCAUCUGUGAGGAUCUUCCGUCCGCAUUCGACUCCGACGACGAAGAAGAAGACCACGACAUCCGACAUGCUCGCUGAUGGAAACAUAAGAGCUCUUGGGCAUUACCGCCUGCUUCACGAUCAAGAGCUGUCGCAAAAGAUGGUCUGGGGGUGGAAUAGCAUCCACGGAACAAAAGCUUAUGAGCGCAUCGCAUGGGAGUUGAUUUCGUUGCAACG